CAGUCGUCUUCCUCCUUGUCGCUGCAGACUGGAUGAAAACGCAGCUGUGAUUAAUCAGUCCGUCUGAUCGGCAUCAAUUUUCUAAAAAAAAAAGAAAAAAAAAAUUCCAAGAAAGGAGGCUGGGUUUGAGGGAACACGUGGGAGAUCCGCCGGAGCUGGAGGUUAAAUGCGCCUUUAGACGCAGCGGCGGUCAGAGCUGAGCGGCAAAAGUGAACAGAAUCAUGGUUCUGGAGCUCAUCGGAAACGUCGCCGCCACCAUCGGCGGCCUCGUCGCUGGAGUCAUGAAUAUCCUCACUGAUCUGUUCCUGACAAAACCUCUAAAAGCUACGAUCCAAUAUUUAGAGGAGGCUGAGCUCAAAACCCUGCAAGGAGAUGUGAAGACUUUUAAAGCCAGAACUCUGUGGGAGAAGUCUGGAGCUGUGAUCAUGGCAGUCCGGCGGCCUGGAUGAUUUUUGUGCAGAGAGGAGGCUGCAGAGCUGUCCUCUCUGAAGCCCCAGCUGGACCAGCUCGGGGUUCCUCUGUACGCCGUGGUGAAGGAGGACGUCGGCACCGAGGUCCAGAACUUCAGACCGUUCUUCAAGGGGGAGAUCUUCUUGGAUGAGAAGAUGCGGUUUUAUGGUCCCCGUGAGCGGAAGAUGGGUCUGCUGGGGUUCCUGCGUGUCGGGGUCUGGAUGAACGGCCUGAGGGCCUUUAAGAACGGCUUCUCAGGAAACAUUCUGGGGGAGGGAUUUGUCCUGGGUGGAGUCUUCGUCAUUGGACAAGGAGAGCAGGGAAUACUUCUGGAGCACAGAGAGAUCGAGUUUGGAGACAAAGUCAACGUUGAAGAGGUCAUCCAAGCUGUCAGGAGGAUAUCACAGGAGCUGCAGCCUUUAGAGAACAAAUAAAGCCUUCUAUUCCCUCCGCUGGAUCAGAAUAUGUGCUGCAGAAAGUCUAGAAGCGUGUAAAUGUUUGAUUUGCUGUAUAGAGAAAGAUUUAAUGCUGCUUUGAGGAGGGGAUAUCUGUAAAGUUCACAUCAGACCUGUGAGUUUGUUGGUCUCUGGGACACCAGGACGCACUUUGAGACGGAGUGUUUUUAAUGACGGUUUGUCUUUAAACUCGACAGAAGAAGCAGACCUGAUACCAAACACUCCGUUUCCUGCAUUUACUCUGCAGUACCGCUGUGUUAUCCUGGCAGCCCAGAGGCAUCAUGAACAAUAAAGCUCGUCUUUGUUCUCUAA